UUACUUUGUAAAAUAUAUUUAAUAAUUUGAGGGUUGAAUCUUGAAUCCCUAAAACCCUCUAGAGUACGCGCCAGAAAUUAAAUACGGUAGGUAUAGUAGUCAUAUUUUAUAACUGUUUGGCUGUACGGUUUUCCGAUAUUUUUCAUACGCGUCUCGCCCACACUGUUAGUCAUAUGGUCCAUAGUAUUUACCAUUUAGUAUUUAGUCAUUUACACAUUACGAUUUACAAUUUAUAACAGCUGCAGCUGUUGAUCGGUUAGGUACGGAGUUGCUGUAUCGGCAUAUUUCGUUCUCUUCGCUGUUGAGUGUUGACAGAACUCGGAAAUCAAAAUGUCUUCGGACUGGAACAACUUGUUAGAUUAAUAAUUAAUUAUUACAAACAUGACAAAAAUUCACAAACCUUGUGUCAUAGUUUUUAGUACACUUUGAGACUGUAAUCGUGCACUGUGCAGUAUUUUUACAUUAUUAUUUUACAUCGUUAUCGUUGCUCCUAAGAGGCUACAUACUCAUACUACCUGUUACUGGAAAGUAGUCGAAAUGGAAACCGUCAAUUGGAACUCUCUACCCAGCCUGGCCCUCCACCAGGUGUUCACUCAUCUAUCGCCUGAAUCUAGAGUGGCUGCGUCGUCUACUUGUAAACAUUGGAGGACUGCCUUAUACCAUCCACAGUUCUGGCACAGUCUGGUGUUAGACAUAUCGUCUGCUGGAACGUCGUAUGCUGAAAUCAAGUCCAAAGUGAAGCACGCCAAUAAAAAUCUAGUGACGUUGGUACGUGACAUUCACCUUGCAUUUGAUUCCCGGAGUACUCAGUGCUUUGAAUUGGCUUCAUCUGUUAUCAAGGCAUUAAUGAGCAAUCAACUGUUGAGAAAUGUUGACAUUGAGCUUAACCACUGUGAAUUGUCAAGGGAUGAAAUAUUUCAGUAUAGAUGGUCUAUUCAAAAUUAUUUUGAGUUUGCUAUUCUCAAUGUCGUGCAGAAAGGAAACAUCGAAGGGUUUAGUUUUGGAUAUUUUAUGUUUUACUAUUGGAAUGCUUUGAUUCAUAUGCUAUCUAAGUAUAGUUGUGAUAGCUUACAACGUUUGGAACUAGCUGGAUUGGGACCAUCAAUUUUUAACGAAGAGAGCAAAACAACAUGUUUCAAUUCUACUUUUGAUAGUAUGUCAUCACUAAUCAAUUUAAAGAAAUUGAGUUUAGACCUAAACUCCAAUACAUGCAAAUUGCUUCCAGCAUUGUGUUCAAUGUCUCAAUUGGAAAUCCUUGUUUUACAUGUUCAUAAUGAGCUAGAUAUAGAUAUAAGUGAUGAUAUCUGGGCAGAUAUUAAAAAAUAUUGCCCUAAACUUGAAUUAAGAUUAACCAUUAUCAACUGUCAUAUUGUUGCUAAGCACCUUCAUACUAAGUUGCUUCGUCCAUCAAUGCCAUUAACACAUCUCAAAGUUCUUUUUUGUAAUGUGAUAAAUGUUGAAGUAUUGCAUAGAUUAGUGGACUAUAGUAAUACAUUUCAAUCAUUAAUUUGGGUCGAUGAACAAUCAAUGAACCCUGCUGGUUUACUUGAAGGACAUUGGCAUCUUGAACCGUCUGCAGAUGAUAUUGAAACUAAUCCGUUGAUAAUAUUAUCGUGGGUUUGCCGCAAAAUUACAGAAAUUGUUGUAUUGGGAUAUUUUAUUGAACCAUUUGAUGUAUGUGGAAUUGCAAGACUGAGAGGUACUAGGUUAAAAAGGUUUGAAUUAUUAGAAGAAGAUAUUUGCUUUCAACAACCACAAAGUGAAAUGAUUUAUGAUGAAGUUGUUUUAGAUGUAUCAAGGUGGAUGGGAACUAAUUGGAAACCUUUGAAUAAAAACAAUUUAUUUGUAAGUCAUUCACACUACAUAUUGCAAUGUAUUUCAAAGGAUUUAACAACAAAGUAUUAGGUAUUAAUAAUAUUUACCACAAAAAUAACUUAAAAUACCAAUCUUAAAUUUACAUAAUAAUAUAUUAUAUUUUGCGGUCAUUAUUAAUAAAUUAGUGUAAAAAAAGGUUUUACUUACAAAACUAAAUAUCCACUCUAAAACAAUCUUGUUAGAAAUAUGACUUGCAGUAUGUAAUGAUUACAAAUUAAUUUUACAUAGUGAUUGUGUAGUUCAAAAAUUACUGAUGCAAAUAAUGUAAGUAACAUGGAAGUAUCUAUCUAGAAUUAUUAUUUAAACAUUUAUUAGUAUUAAAUGUAAAGCAUUGUAAAAGAUUCAUAUUUUAAUAGAAAAAAAAACAUUUCACUAUUGCUUUACUAUCACAUCCUAAUAUACUCUAAAAAACAAAAAUAUUGAAGUAUAGAUAGUUUAAAAACAAUUUUCAAUCUAGUCCUGUUUUAUUUAAUAAUUUUUUUUUAUAUCAUUGCUUAAUUUAUAUUCGUUUUCAUGGCAAUCGUUUACAAUUUUUCUGUUAUUGGUUCAUUUUUAAUUUUUUUUUCUUUAUCGUAGAAAUUUGUUUCAAUAAUAUUAUGAGCUAAUUUUGAAAAGAAAAAACCUUAUAACUUCUUGGUUAUUUUACAAAAUUCAAAAGAUCAUUGAAGAACAUUUUAAAAUUUUUACUUAUUACGUAUUAUAUAUUUUUACACUAAUUUUAUGAUUUUUAAAAUGUUCAGUUAAAAAUAAAGUUGUUUAUGUUUAAAUAAGUAUAACAAUUAUAUUUUUAAAACAAAAAAUGCAAUUUAACAUAUUUAAAAAUCUGAUAACCAUAAAAAAAUUUAUUGAAAGUUACCAAGGUACAUUUUUAAUUCACUUUAUUUAUUAAUUAUUAUGUUACAUUAUCAGUGUUAUACAUUAUUUUAUUUAUUUUUCUAUUUCAUAUAUACUUAUAAAAAACUUAACACGAUAAAACAAUCGUAACAUUCGGAUAGUAUUUACCAAUUUCAAUAUGUAUAUUUACUCAAUAAUAAACCACCAAGAUCAAUUUUUUAUGCAAUGAUCAAUCCAAUUGCUUCAAAAAAAAAAAAAACCAUUUGUUUUCAAUAACUAUAAAAACAAAAUGUUUAUAUUGUAUUAAAUUAGCAAAAGUGUUCCUACCACAAACUUUAUAACUAUGUGGUUCUACUUAUAUGGCGAGUGCAACUCAAAAAAGCACAUUUUACUGAUUAGACUGUGAUAACAUCUGUUAAAAUAUGUACAAUAUUAUAGUGUUUAGGCAAUUAGAACUGGCCGUAACUAGAACGGACCAUCAAAGAGUUGUUAAUAUUGUUAAAAUAAUAUUGUUGUUGAAAUGUGUUUAUUAAAAUAAUAUAUAUAUAUUAUAAUAUCAUAAAUGUAAAAGAACGUGAUUUUAGAAAUAUUUGAUUAAUUAAGAUCUAAACGACUGUGAUGUUUAUAAAGAUCAUUUCUUAUGUUGUUAAUGUAGGUUAAUUGUCUAUAACCAUUUUAUAAAGAAGUAAGAACUGUAACAAUUGUUUUGUUAAUAAUUUUAAAUUGUUACAAUGUAUUUGUGUGAAUAUUUUUCAACAGUAACACAAGUAACAUAAACAAAACUAUGACUGAACGAAUAUGAAAAAAACAUUCGUGAUAGACUAUAUUUGUUAUCAUAAAAAAAUUUUUAUCUGUGAUCGAUAACAAAAAGUUUAAAAGUACGUAUUCAAAAUCUUAAAUUAAAAUUCUUUGUUUUCAACAAACUAAAACUCAUUGAAACAAAAAAAUACGCACUGAUUUUGAAUUUCUUUUAUUUCUUUUUAUUAUAUUGUUAUCCAACGUUCAUAAUAGAUUUUAAUGAAUUAAUUAUUAUUUUAUUUUAUUUAUAAUUCAUAUUAUGUUGAUAUUAUGAUUUAAAAAUAUAUUAAUUGAUAGUCAGGAAAUGAAAUAAAAAUAGUCAUUUUUAUUUUAUAUUUAAAAUUUUAAAAUAUGCCUAUUGGCUAUUUGUUGAUUAAAAUAUAUUUAUAUAAGUAUAUAACCUUUAUCUUUAUAGAAAAUUAUUUAUAACCAAAAUAUUGUUUUAAAGUAUUUACUUUCAGUUAAGUAUUGUAUUCUUAAUAUCCUAGUAAUGGUAAAAAAAAAAAAAAAAUGUAUUUGUGUAUUCACACAUUAAUUUUUUGCUUGUGUUUGUUAUUAUAUUUUUAGCUAAUUAUAUUGCAUACAAUAUUAUAAUAAUGUAGUAUUGUUAGCAUACAAAAAAAAGUUAUAAUAAUUGUUUAUAUAAAUGCAGUGUUAAAACUAUGUGGAGGUAAAAAAAUAAUUUAUGUUAUACUAUAAUUUAAAUAGGUAUACCUUGUAAAUCAGAUUUUGUUGGAAUUUGGUCAUUUCUAAAUUGUACGUUGAAAAUAUUAUGUUUAAUUAUCUAUUAUCCUAUUAAAUUAUAUUUUAGUGUGCACUUAUAAAAUUUUAUUUAUGUUUAAAAAUUGUUUUAUGUAUUUUAUUUUUUAAACCAAAUUUUAUUAUUGUUAUUAGUUAAACUAAAUAUUUAUUAAUGCAGUAGAUAAAUGUACUUUGCUGUUUCAAUAUCAAAAUUUAACUAUCACCAACUAAAACAAACUUGACAUAAAAUGUCUAUUAACCAAACGUUAGAAUUUUAAUCCAUUUUUAUUGAUGUUAUUACAAUGUUUAAAUUACAAUUUUAUUUUUAUUAUUUAAUUUCAUCUUAUUUUUACUGUAUUUAUACUUACUGUACUUGGUCUUGUAAUCAAUAAUUGUUCAUUUUUAUUAAGCUUAUAUUUAUGGGUUCAUGGUUUAGUUGAUCAUGAUAAAAUAUAAGUGAUCAACGCUUCAUAUUAUUCAAAAAUAAUUUACAUAUUUAAGUGUAUUCAUUAUAAAUUAUUGUUAAAUAGAAAAAAAAUUAAUAAAAUAUAUAUUACAAUUAUUCAAAUUGAA